UUAUAGAUCGAGUAGUGAGUUUGAGUAAAGUGUGGUCUUAGACAAGUCCAUAUUUACCAAACCUUCUUAUCAUGAAUCUUGAUUUUUUUAUACGUUAUAAGGAACUAGCAGACCCCGCGUAAAUUACGCCGAAUAAAUAAUGCGAUGGGCAAAUCACAACCCAGUGCGAAAAUUAAAACUCAUUACUGCAAGUAUAGGACUUACGGCUACGGAAGAUUUGCAUUUCACUUUAAUUGACUGCAAAUAUGACAUUGGACCUGAAAUGCAAAUUUUUCCCCGAAAGCGGAGAAAUGGAUAAAGAUGCCAAAAGGGUGGUGGUGGUCGAGACGUUGGAAAUUUUCGGUUUUGUAACACUUGAACGACGCCUUAUAAGGAUGUUGGGACGCCCAUUCACCCAUAGUAUGAAAGCGAGCCAUUAAGAAACUUCUGGAAAAUAUUGUAAUUUUGUUGGCUUCGGAUGAAGGUGCCACGAUAGCGAAUAAAAUCUGCUAGCAACAUUUCAUCUACAGAACGAUGAUGCCGAGUAUGCACUACACUUUCCUCUUACUAAUAACGCUGGUCAGUGCAUCCGGAUGCGGCGUAUACGGCUUUAUAUUCGGAGGCCAGAACCCCGUCCAGCGUUUGCGAGCCGCAAAGAUGGCGCGGCGGGCCGAAGUCCGCAUGACGAAUAACAUCAUUGAUCUAUCUGACUUGGAGGACGCCGUACAACCAACACAGCCAGCGCCGCCCGGUACAGUUUCCGUCCCGUGGGGGGAGUGGAAGGCGUUCUUCUGCGAAGUGGCCACGCCCGAAGCGGCGCAGCGGAUCGUCUGGCGCCACCACAACGCCACCAUCCACGGCGACGCAAUUCCGCACUCCACCAAAGGUCACGAGUACGGGCAAACGACGGCCCUCAACACGAGCUACCUGUUCAUCUACAACGUCAGCCGCGAUUCCGGCGGGACGGUGGAGUGCUUCCAGACGAACAACGGUGACCUUUCCGCCCUCCGCGAAUUCUACCUGCAGCCGGAGCCACGCGCCAGCGACUUCUUCGUGCCGACGCUGCGGGACGUCAUCACGUCACUGCAGCAUUUCUCCAUGACGUGCACCGGGCGCAAUGUGGAUUGCAGCCAGACGGCACCCCAAUUGCAUUUUAUCUGGAAGUACAACGGCCAUUUCGUUGCGGCGCCCUAUACGGCGCUGCUGGGCGGGCACAUCCCCGGUCUGCGCAACGGCACCGUCACGUUCCACGUUUCGGCGCCCGGUGCUACGGAAACGUUCUGCGCCACGACACUGACCAUCAGCAUGAGCGAGGAGGAAAGCCUCUGGUCGCCGCGGCAGCGCGUUGACUGCUGGUUGCGCACGGAUGUCCGCCGAGGUCAAUGGUUUACCCAGUCGGCAUACGUCCAUUCUACGCCGACGGUGCAGUGAGGACGACAAACCAGCAGCGUUCCAGCAACUCGACCGGAUUUCGGUGCACGUUUCUGUUUAUACAUUUUACUUAUCCACCGAAGGAGCCGACCGGAAGUUCAGUUAUAAAUAACAGUUCUUCUGUCACCUUUAUAUCAACUUAUCCUACCGAUAGUGCGCGAACAGGUCAUUCUGCAUUAGCAUACUCGUCCUUUGCGCACUGAAUUUCAAAUUAAAAUUUCUUCAAUUGAGCUGGCAUAUUUUAUGAAUGAAACAUGCGUUUUACGUACAUAGUAUAUUAUGGUUAAAUCUGGCGCGGUACGUAAGCGCCAUGUUCAGCCACAACGUCAAAGUCCAGUCUGGUGACGGCAGCAGUACAGGGGAACGGUGGAACACGCUUACUUUUGCCCCCUAUAUAAUUGUUAGUAUUAUGUUUAUAA